GAGUCUUGUGUGUGUGUCUUGCAGACCAUAAUCGGGUACACGCCACUGAUGUGCUGCACGCGGUUUGGUAUCUGACCUCGCGGCCCAUUCCGGGAUUUCAGGAACUGUCCAGCGAUGAGACAGAUGCAGACAAUGUGGGCCCCGCUUCUGUCUAUUUGACCUCAAAGAGCUGCCCUGGCACCGACGACAGCUAUGGCUGCCUGGCAGCUAACAUCCCCGCCCUGGAACUCAUGGCGCUCUAUGUGGCGGCAGCUAUGCACGAUUAUGAUCACCCGGGUCGCACCAACGCCUUUCUUGUGGCCACAAAUGCUCCGCAGGCUGUUCUGUAUAAUGACCGGUCGGUCCUGGAGAAUCACCACGCGGCCUCUGCCUGGAGCCUCUUCCUGUCCCAGCCAGACUUCAACUUCCUGACGUACCUGGACCACGUGCAGUUCAAGAGAUUCCGCUUUCUCGUCAUCGAAGCCAUCCUUGCCACCGACCUCAAGAAGCACUUCGAUUUCCUGGCUGAAUUCAAUGCAAAGGUGAAUGAUGUCAGUAGUAACGGCAUUGACUGGACUAACGAGAAUGACCGCCUUCUGGUGUGCCAAGUGUGUAUCAAGCUGGCCGAUAUUAACGGGCCGGCGAAGAUGCGGGAGCUGCACUUGAAGUGGACAGAAGGAAUCGUCAAUGAGUUCUAUGAACAGGGUGACGAAGAGUCAAGCCUGGGUCUGCCCAUCAGCCCCUUCAUGGACCGCUCAUCUCCCCAGCUGGCCAAGCUGCAGGAAUCUUUCAUCACGCACAUAGUGGGGCCUCUGUGUAAAUCGUACGAAGCCGCCGUAUUGCUGCCGGGGAAAUGGAUAGAGGAGGAGGACGAGGAGAUGGAGAGCGAAGGUGACGACGACGAGGAUGGGGACGAGUUUGAGUCGGAAGAUGAAGAAGUGGACGAGGACAAUCCCAAGCCGCAGAGACGGAAAGGUCGGAGGCAAAUGUACUCCCAGAUAAUGCACCACCUGCGGGAGAACCACAAGAUAUGGAAGAAGACCAUCGAGGAAGAGGAAAAGGCCAAAGGAGACAACGGCAAGUCGCCGAGCGAAGGAUCCUCGCAGCCUCCAUCGGAUGAAAUCCAGGUCAUCGAGGAAGCGGACGAGGAGGAAGAAAGACAAUCGGGAGAGGAGAGGAGAUGCUGACAUUUUCUCAGAGUGCGUCAGGGCGGUGCGGCUACCUGUGCCCACCGCGUGGCGUUUCACGUACUGUAACGUUGUAAGAAAAAAAAAA